ACUGACCGCCCUCCCCGGCCGGGGGCAGCUGAGCUGCGCCAGGAGAGGCUCAGGUCGCACAUCUGGAGGAAUUCCUUCCCGGAAACGGGGAUUAGGCUUUGGAGAGGGCUGGCUGCCCAGGGGGGCGGUGGAGUCACCGUCCCUGGAGGUGUUUAAGGGAAGGCUGGCUGUGGCACUUGUGCCAUGGCCUGGUUGACAGGUUGCCCUCGAUGAUGCCAGAGGUGUUUCCCAGCCCCGGUGACUCUGUGGUUCCCGCAGCCGGCCCCGGGGUGGCGGUGCCCGGAGCGGGGCUGCCCGAGCAGCCCCCGCUGUCCCCGGGGAGCCGGGUGAGCCUGCGGGCCGCAGGAAUUGGGUGAGUGCCGCCUCAUUCCCCGCUCUGCGGGCAGGAGCGGCUCCGCACCGCGCUGCCCUGAGGCGGGAUGCACGGCCUCGGCCGGGCUCUGCUCCCUGAGCUCCGUGUUCGGACGCCGCUGCCGGAGGGACGUGCCCGGAGGCUGUGGGGAGCAGCUGAGCCCCGGCGGGCAGGGCAGCGAGGCGCCGGGCCCAGCGCCAUGCCCUCACCCCUCAGACGAGGCACAGGAGCUGCGUUUCAGCUAUUCAUCAGCGCCGAGGAAGGGAAAAUGUUGUCUGGCAAGUUAUUGUGGUACCAGAAAUGGCCUUUGGUAAAAAUUGCUUCUCGUUAAUUGCCUGCAGCACUGAACUUCAGGGGCAGGAAGAAUUCCAGUGUAGGCACAAGAAGAACAAUCUCACAGACACAGCAGGGGAGCAACAGCAGGACACUGCUAUCAGUGACUGUGAAUGGCCCAACCAAGAACCUUUGCUGAAAUCAUCGAAGGCUUAUGCUUGCACUGAAAGUCAUGCAAAAGGGAAGACAGAGGCCACCAUCAAGAACUUCAGCCCCCACUACCGCCGGCAGCACGCCGUGGCUUUCUGCAGGCACGUGCAGGAGGAGCUGGAGCAGCACCGCCACUCCCAGUCCCGCUUCCUGAAAACCAGGCCUGCAGGGGAAGCAGGGACAGUUCUGUACGAAGCAGAGGUGCUGCACUUCGCUGAGGACCUGAAGAAGUGGAAGGACAGAUACGUCGUGAUCAAAAAUGACUACACUGUGGAUUGCUUUGAGACCAAAGAGGCCUACCAGAAGGGAGCUAGCCCUAAAUAUCACGUUCUUCCUGCAGGAGGCAAAGUCCUGACUUCAGAAGAAGAUUACAAUUUGCUUUCUGAUAAACAUUUUCCAGACCCUGUUGGCUCAAGCGAGGAGGCGGCUGCAGCCUUCGUGCCGCUGCCGAAGGAGUUCCCGGUGUACCUGUGGCAGCCGUUCUCCCGGCACAGCUACUACUGCUUCCCAGAGCCGGGGGCACAGCAACGCUUCAGCGCUGUGCUGGGGGACUGCGUGAGGCAUUCCAACCACGGUGAGUGUGGGACGGGACCUGAGGGACAUUCCAUCCAUGACUUCCUCAAACAGACCACGUAUGAAGUGGAGGCAUUCUUAGAGGCCAUUCAGUUCUUCCGGCAGGAGAAAGGCCACUAUGGCACAUGGGAGAUGAUAACUGGCAAUGAAAAACAGAUCCUGAGCAACCUGGUGAUGGAGGAACUGCUGCCUAACCUCCAGACAAUGAUCCUGCCUAAAAUGAAGGGAAAGAGGAAUGACAGGAAACGGGCCUGGUUUGGGAUCGUAGAAGAAACCUAUGGCUUAGUCCAGCAGCAGGUGGCAGAAGGAUUAAGUACCUUGAAAGAAGAAUGUAGAGAAUUUGCAAAAACUCUUGAAGGGACCAUUCGUUCAGACAUGGAUCAGAUUCUGAACUCCAAGAACUUCUUAGCUGGAAAAAUCAAAGCCAGUGUUUCUGAGCCUGCCCAGAAGUGCUGCACAGAGAAUAUCCAGCCAUUCCUCACCUCCAUCCUGGAGGAGCUCAUGGGCCCCGUCAGUUCCGGAUUCACGGAAGUGCGCGCGCUUUUCGACAAGGAAGUGAAUGAAAUCAUCCAGGACUUCCAGAAGACCAAUGACAUGACCAGGCUAAAGGAGAAUGUGGAUCAGCUCAUGACCCUGCCUUUCAACUCGGUGAAAAUGGAGCCCUGCUAUCUGAAAGUGAACCUGCUCCAGGAGCUCCUGCAGGACCUCAAGAGUCGCUUCAAGGUCUAUCACAUCGAUUUUGUGAUUCAGAGGACACAGAACUUCAUGCAAGAGCUGAUGGAAAAUGCAGUUUAUACGUUCGAGCAGUUGUUCUCUCCAAGCCACCAGGCAGACUCGGCCAAAGUUGCAACAACCAUUGAAAAAGUCAAGCUGAGAGUGCUGAAGCAAUAUGACUACGACAGCAGCACCAUCCGCAAGAAGAUAUUCCAGGAGGCACUGGUGCAGAUUACCUUGCCCACAAUGCAGAAGACACUGGCUUCAACAUGCAAACCAGAGCUGCAGAAAUACGAGCAGUACAUUUUUGCUGAUUACACAAGUGUGAUCCAAGUAGAGAACGUGUAUGAAGAGAUUUUACAUCAGAUGCUGCUUGAAGAGGCCCUGAAAGUGAUCAACGAAGCUGCUGUUCUGAGGAAGCACAACCUGUUUGAGGAUAACCUGAGCGUGCCCUGCGAGAGCGUGUCCAGCCUGACGGAGCUGAGGACCCCCGUGGGAUCAGCACAGGGCACCCCCGCCAAGGCACCCGCCGCUCCCCGAGCUGAGAGCUCCGACACCGAGAGCCACGGGGACGAAACGCUCGUUGUGACAGGGAAAAUUGUGUGGGAGAAGGACGCCAAUGAGGGAAAGUCAGCAGACAAAGAGGCAGGCGCCUCUGCUGGUGCAGCUGGUGAUCAGGCCAGCAGGAAGGAAGCAGUGGCUGUUACAGACAUUGGUGACAAACAGGAGUCGCCUUCGCCUGGCCACACUAAACAAGGGGCUGCAGAGGGAAAAAGCGCGUUGGAGAAUGUAUCAGAGUGUGUAGUGAGCACUGAGGGAGAGCUCAAGGCACAACAGAAAGCUGUGGAGGAAAAAGUAGCUUCUGGGACUGACACUGCAGUAAAAAAUGUUGAAGCCAGCCCUAAAAAAGAACUGAAGGUACCUGAAGGAGCCGUGGAGGAAGAGGUGACUUCAGAGAGUCAAAAGGUAAUGGCUGCUGUGUCUGUCAGUGGCACUGAGAAAGCAAGCACAGCACAGGAGAAAGUUUCUGAGAUAAAGCUCACUUUCCCACCUGAGAGUGUAACAGAUACAGAGAUUUUAGGGAGUGCAGAAAAGAAAAGCAUGGUAGAAAAUGAAACUGGGGGAAAAUUAUCUCAGAGUGAAAAUGCACUAGGAGCAGAGUUUGAAUGGGAUAGUAAAAAAGAAAGUGGUGAGAGUACUGAGACAAAGAUCGUUUCCCAGGAUGAAAAGACAGGGAAAGCAGAGUUUGGGGAUAGUCCUAAAAAAGAAAGCCAUUCUGAAGAAAAGAGUAGUAAAUCCCCCGAUGAUGUGAAUGAGAUAAGGAGUUUGCUGAUGCUGACAGUUGAGAUCCCAGCAGAUACUCCAGCUGAGAACAUCAAGGAGGUCUGUGAGGGCGAGCUGCUGAAGUUGCAGGAACACCGUAAUGGGAACUACGAGUUGAGCGAAGUGGCCGUGGCAGAAAUUCAGGUGAGCCCGAAGAUGAAGAGUGAAGACGCAGCAGAAUGUGUGGAGUUCAAGGAGGAGCGGCCGUCCUCAGCCAGCCUGGGGACAGAUGGUACGAGGGCAGAGAGCGUGCCCAGGGGGGCACAAGCACCGUGGCUGGUGGAGAGCUGGGCUCCGCCUCGGGAGGCAAAGGCAGAGGUGGAGAGCAAACCGAGUGUGUGGCACGCAGGUGCGGGAGGGGAGAGGCUGCAGCCGGAGGAGCACACGGGAAAUGCGGUGGAUGGAGAGCAAGGAACCGGGAACAGCCACGCUGUCCCGGGAGAGGCUGCGACACAGAGCUCCUUUCCGAGCCCUGCUGCAGAUGCAGCCACGAGGGACGUGCCCAUCCUGGACAGAGCAAACCCGGGCCCAGGACUGCUGGAGCCGGUGUCCCUGGAGCCGGUGUCCCUGGAGCCGGUGUCCCCGGAGCCGGUGUCCCCGGAGCCGGUGUCCCUGCAGCCGGUGUCCCUGCAGCCGGUGUCCCCGGAGUCGGUGUCCCUGCAGCCGGUGUCCCCGGAGCCGGUGUCCCUGGAGCCGGUGUCCCUGCAGCCGGUGUCCCUGCAGCCGGUGUCCCCGGGGCCGGUGUCCCCGGAGCCGCAGCCCGGCGCAGAGCGCACGGCAGGCACAGAGCCUGGGCGGCGAGAGGGGGAGCCGGGAGAUCAGCCCUCUUCACUCGCAGGAAUUCAGAGCACCGGAGGAAAAGCGAUUCUCCCAGAAGAACACCGAGAAGAUGGUCCUGCGCAGCAAAACUCUGAGGAGUAAAGAGCAGCUUUCGGGCCAGCCCUGCAGGACGUUUCACUCCAGUGAUCCGUGUGCAGUUUGGAACACUCGUUCAGGUCGGGGCUGGAGGAAAUGCGCUUUGCUGUGGUGUCCCCAGCUCCUGCAGGUUUCCCGCAAAUCCCUUCCUGAGGGAUGGGUGAUGGGUUUCCUUUUGGUUAAAACCAGAUUACUGCUGAGGAACUUCAUCUGUCACUUCAAAUCUGCUCCCUUUUAAAGCUAGAGAAGAAGUCUGGAAAUGUGACCACUGAAUGCUUCAAACUAUCAUCAAUUUAUUUUAACAACUUAGCUGUUCUUAGGGAUCCUCUUGGUUUUUAAAUGCAUGGUUUUGACAAGUACCAUCUGAUUCUGGUGGUUGGUACCUACAUACUCAAGGAUGCUUUUAGUAUUUGCAUGCAAUAUACAGGAAAUAAAAACAUUUUUUAGUAGCAAACAGAACCAAAUAGUUGAUUUAGUAGAUUGCUGAAAAGCCACACUGUGCAAAAUCUGCAAACUGAUUACUUAAUUAUUUUCAAGUUUUGGCAGAUAUCAAAGACAAGCAAAUAUUCUGAUUUUUUUUUUCUCUCUCUUAUUGCUGUAUUUAAAUAGGGGAAAGUAUGGGAGCAGGUUUCUCAGUCCCACUCUGCACUUCGGGGUUAUUUAGCCUUCCAGAGCACUUUAUGGCUAUUUUGUUUUGUUUUGUUUUAUGGAAGGGAGAGAAGAGAAUGUUUACAGUAACUCUCACCACUAGGCAGCAUUUCUCUGGUUUAAAUCCCACCAUAAAAUAGAUUCACUUACAGCUAUUUCAUACAGAAUAUUGAGUCCUGCCAGUCCCAUUCCCACUGAGUUACUCAGGUCUGUAGACCUCCUUAGGUGUGGAAAUCAUGUAAUAAGUGGCAACAAUUGUGAAAUACUAGAAUCAUUGCAUCCAAUUUCUAAUGCAGAUGUUAACUGAAGUGACAGGCAGCCAGAGGUUGUUUUUCAUGUUCUCAGGUUUGGAGGGCAGAAUCACAUCACAAAAGCAGUUAUUAAAAUGAGACAGUUGCUUUCAUACACACGAUCUGUAUCAAGCUGUGAUCUUGGCACAGAGUUGCUUAAAUGUGUUCUUUGCAUCUCAGUUUGUACAGAACAGCUUGGAGAGGAAACCCAGUAUUUUUGUAAAUUAGCCUUUCAAAUGCAAGACCUCACUUUGGAGGUCAGUUUAAGGCACCUUGAAAUUCUGGCCUGGUGUUUUGGACCUGUUUCUGAAUGUCAUACAGUGCAGGACAGCAAAUAUCAAUUAUAAUUGCAGCAAGGACUGCAGGAUUUAUGCCCAUAAAGACACGGGAAGAAAUAACAAAGUCCCAGGAGCAUAAUAUGUGUUAACAUUUAACUUCAGCAAACUAUGCAGAGUCUCUUUUAAUGCUAUCAAAAUAGUCUUUAAUACUAACAGAAAAUUGACACUAGAAGAACAGGCAAAUAUUACUGUGUGAGGAAGGGACCUUGUUGAGUAACUGGAUUAACUACUCUGUCACUACAGUAAAAUAAAUGCAGUUCCUAUUUAUUCUAGAAGCUGUACUGUGGUAUGGAAACGUGAAGGUCACAGACGUUUUCCUUGCAGAAGUACUUUGACUUGUUUCCUCCUUAUAUUUCAUGCAAAAAUACUAAUUUGGAAAUACACAAGCCACUGCCAGCCACUUUUUUUUUAACAAAUCACUGGUUAUUUCACUGUCAGCUGUUUCAUUUUUACAAAUCAUUAACUAUUUUUAAUUGGUACUGUGUUAAGUGAUUUCAAAUUUAUAAAGUGCCCUAGAGUUAAGCAGCAACAAGCAGCCUUUUGAAGCUAGAAUUAGGGGACAUUAUGGGGUUUUAGUACUUUUUUUUGUAUGAAAGGCAGCAUGGCAGGAAAAAAGACUGUAGCCUCCUGCAAAAGGAAACAAAUUCAUUCUAUAUGAAUUAGAUACAUCUGUACAGAGAGCAUUUUUGCAUAAGUAUUUCCAUAAUGGUAAUUUUGGAGUUAUUUCUGUGGCAGGCCUAGAUCUGGGUAAUAUUUUCCUGUGACACGUGUUGCAUUGCUGAAUGCAGAUGCUCAGAUGUUUUUCACCAGAGGGGUGGGUAAGGAUGGGGGAGAUUCAGCCUGUAUAAUUUAAAUUGCAGCUCCUCGUGGCUAGGGAACUUUUUUUCCCCGGUUUGGGCCAUUUUCUGCCCGUUUGCAAACGGAUAAAGUUGUGCUUUUCUAGUCUUUACCACAGCUGGUUAGAAGCGACAGCUUGGUUAGAAGAGCUCAGCAAUCUGCAAGGUUACGUGGGACCACUGAUCAGGAAUGAUAAUAACGCAGCCAUUGCGUUGUUUUUGUUGCUUUCUGGCUGUUUCCUUCUCAGACCGGGAGCUGUAAUAACUCCCCUCUCGCAGCCCACGGCCGAGGGUCGGUGCCCUGAGGGGAGCGGGCUGGGGCGCGGAGCUCCGGGGGGCUCCCACCGCCAAGGGACGUGAAACACUCUGUGUUUGCUUGGAACUUUGUACAAACGCUCGCCGCGGAAAUAAAGACGCUCUUCCCUUCCACU